AUGACUUCGACGACCUCAAAUUCGACGACCUCCAAUUCGACGUCAUCGGCUUCGCUCGACAACCUCGACUUCGGUUACCUUGACUUCGACGACCUCAAAUUCGACAUCCUCUUAUUCGACGACCUCGACUUCGGUUACCUUGACUUCGACGACCUUGACUUUGCCAAACUUCAGCUCGACGACCUCGACUUUGGUGACCAUGACUUCGACGACCUCAAAUUCGACAACCUCUUAUUCGACGACCUCGACUUCGGUUACCUUGACUUCGACGACCUUGACUUUGGCAAACUUCAGUUCGACGACCUUGACUUCAACCUCGACGACCUCGACUUUGGUGACCAUGACUUCGAAGAUCUUGACUUUGUCAAUCUUCAGUUCGACGACGUGGACUUCGACGACCUUGACUUCGAUGACCUCGUGUUGGACGACCUUGACUUCGAUGACCUCGAGUUUAAAGACAUUUCAACCGACGACCUUGUGUUCGACGACCUACAAUUCGACGACCUUGACUUCGACGACCUUCAAGUCGAAGAGCUUGACUUCGACGACCUCCCAUUCGACGACCUCCAAUUCGACGUCAUCGGCUUCGGUUACCUUGCCUUCGACGACCUUGACUUUACCAAGCUUCAUUCAUUCGACGUCCUCGGGUUCGACGACUUUCAAAUCGACGACCUCGACUUUGACGACCUCCAAGUCGAAGAGCUUGACUUUGACGACCUUUAUUUCAAAGACCUUCAUUCUGACGACCUCGGCUUGAUUUACCUUGCCUUCAACGACCUUGACUUUGCCAAACUUCAGCUCGACGACCUCGACUUUGGUGACCAUGACUUCGACGACCUCAAAUUCGACAACCUCUUAUUCGACGACCUCGACUUCGGUUACCUUGACUUCGACGACCUUGACUUUGGCAAACUUCCACUCGACGACCUCGACUUUGGUGACCAUGACUUCGAAGAUCUUGACUUUGUCAAUCUUCAGUUCGACGACGUGGACUUCGACGACCUUGACUUCAAAGACCUCGAGUUGGACGACCUUGACUUCGAUGACCUCGAGUUUAAAGAUAUUUCAACCGACGACCUUGUCAAACUUCAGUUCGACGACCUCGACUUUGGUGACCAUGACUUCGAAGAUCUUGACUUUGUCAAUCUUCAGUUCGACGACGUGGACUUCGACGACCUUGACUUCGAUGACCUCGAGUUGGACGACCUUGACUUCGAUGACCUCGACAAACUUCAGUUCGACGACCUUGACUUUGGUGACCAUGACUUCGAAGAUCUUGACUUUGUCAAUCUUCAGUUCGACGACGUGGACUUCGACGACCUUGACUUCAAAGACCUCGAGUUGGACGACCUUGACUUCGAUGACCUCGAGUUUAAAGAUAUUUCAACCGACGACCUUGUCAAACUUCAGUUCGACGACCUCGACUUUGGUGACCAUGACUUCGAAGAUCUUGACUUUGUCAAUCUUCAGUUCGACGACGUGGACUUCGACGACCUUGACUUCGAUGACCUCGAGUUGGACGACCUUGACUUCGAUGACCUCGAGUUUAAAGACUUUUCAACCGACGACCUUGUGUUCGACGACCUACAAUUCGACGACCUUGACUUCGACGACCUUCAAGUCGAAGAGCUUGACUUCGACGACCUCCAAUUUGACAACCUUCAAUUUGACGACCUCUGA